CCAACAACCACAUCAACCACAUCAACCACAUCAACCACAUCAACCACAUCAACCACAUCAACCACACCAACCAUAUCAACCACAACAACAUCAACCACACCAACCACAACAACCACAACAACAUCAACCACAACAACCACAACAAUAUCAACCACAACCACCACAACAAUAUCAACCACAACAACCACAAUAUCAACCACAACAACCACAACAAAAACAAGAUCAAUCAAAAAAAAAAAAGAACAAACAAAAUAAUAAUAAUAAUAAUAAUAAUAAUAAUAAUAAUAAUAAUAAUAAUAAUAAUAAUAAUAAUAAUAAUAAUAAUAAUAAUAAUAAUAACUUGUUGACAAAUUCUCAACAAUAUACUCAAUCAAAUAAUGAAUCUUGUCAAGCAAAUUCAAACUUUUUUCAAUUAAAAAACUUAAAUGGAGAAGCAAUUAGUAUUACUUGUACCCAAACACCAGUUUGUGAUUUAUGUUCAAGAGGUGCACCUACUUUAUUAAAAACACAAACUUGGUCAAAUAUUAUGAGAGUAGUGUUUUAUUGUUUAAAAGCUGCAUUUCCAAACAAAGGGUUUUUUAAUCUAAAAAAUGAUGUUUAUGCUUAUAUGUCUGCUCAUUGGGAUUUAAUUUGCUUUGAAAAGAGAAAAACUGAUAAUUGGCAUAAACAAAUUCAAGAUAUUUUAUCUCAUUCAAAAGAUCUAUUUGAAUCAGGUUUGGAGCAAUUCCAACAAAAUGGAUUUUGGAAAUUAAAAGAUUUAACAGAUCCAUGGACUUUGAAAAAACCACCUUCUGGAAGAGGUGGUAAAAGGAAUUUAGUUAAACAAGAUAACAAUAAUAAUAAUAAUAAUAAUACUAAUAAUAAUAUUAAUAAUAAUAAUAAUAAUAAUAAUAAUAAUAAUAAUAAUAAUAAUAAUAAUAAUAAUAAUAAUAAUAAUAAUAAUAAUAUCACAAGUGGUGUUAUUGAAAGCGAAGUAAGAGAUAAUGAAGUAUCAACUAUUACCAAGAGUGGUAAUAGUAUUUUAAAUGGAAGUGGAGGAAAAGUAUUUACAAAUACCUCCACCCAAACACAAACCAAUAAUUUAAUUAUUCAAAAUAAUAACAAUAAUAUAGCUUCUGUUACUGGUAGUUUAAAUAACUUUAGUAAUAGUAAUUGUACCAAUAAUGUGGUUGGAAAUACCAACAACAACAACAACAACAACAACAACAACAACAACAACAACAACAACAACAACAACAACAACAACAACAACAACAACAGCAACAACAAAACUAUUAAUGGUAAUUUAAGUGAAGCAGUUUUAAUUUCAUCUCCCAUAUCGAAUAAUGUUGGUGGUAUUAAUCCAAAUCAUCUUUUCACUCAAUUAUCAUUUUCAACAAAAAGAUUGAGUCUUCCAAGUAUGGUAGACCAACUUGGAGAACAGUCACCAAGGGUCAUAGAAAUUUCAAAUUUAUUAAAUAAUUCUUCAAUUAGUGACCAUCAAGAAGAAACAUUUUUAAAUGAAAGAGCAAAAAGAUCAAGAAAUAAUUCAACUGUUGAUAUGUUUGAAGAACAAACUGAUAGAUUGGAUAGAAGUUCUGAUAGUAAUUUUGAACCUCCAUCAGAACAAAGGAAAAAUUCUUUAUCCAGCGAAAAUACAGUUUUUGAUAAUUUAAAUAAUAAUAACACCAACAUCAACAAUAUUAUUAAUAAAACUGAAAUUUCAUUGAUUAAUUUGAAUGGUUCGACAAGUUCUGUAUGUAAUAGUAAUGAAAGUAGUCCAAGAAGUAAUAUAACAACCAACAGUUUAAAUAGUGGUGGUAUUAGUGGUAAUAAUAAUAGUGGUAAUAAAUCACCAAAUUUAAUGGGUAAUAAAUUAAGAAUUGAUAAAGAUAAAUGGGAUGGACUAAUAAAAGGUUUUAUGGAAUUUCCAAAUUCGCCAGCUUUAUUAUCCCCUGGUUCAAUUGUCCCAUUAUCUCCAGCAUCAAUGCCACCACCACAAUCACCAAAUCUUGCAUAUCUAUCAACUCAUUUUAAAAAAAGAAGUUUUAGUGAUUCGAUUUGUUUACCAAGUUUACCAGCUAUUAACCAACCACCUAUAUCACAACAACAACAACAAUCACAAUCACAACAAUCACAACAAUCACAAUCACAAAUUCCACCACUUCUUUCACCAAGAAUAAAUCAAUCUCAGACACCAAGAUAA